CAGAGGAGCAGAAGGAUGUCUUAUAAAGCGGGCUCACAGUCCUCCUACAGGAAGAUGUUCGGUGGAGAGAGGGUCCCGGCCAGGACCGGCUACUCCAGCCGCCAGUUCUCCAUCCCGGUGCGGUCCUCCGGGCUCUCCUCCGGGCUCUCCUCCCGGCUCUCCUCCCGGCUCUCCUCCGGGCUCUCCUCCGGGCCGAGCCUUUACGCAUCGAGGACGCAGAGGCUCCGGAGCAGCGCAGCGAUGCCCCGGCUGUCCUCCGAGAACCUGGACUUCUCCCUGUCCGAGGCCAUCAACAGCGAGUUCAUGUCCAACCGCACCAACGAGAAGGUGCAGAUGCAGUCGCUCAACGACCGCUUCGCCAACUACAUCGACAAGGUUCGCUUCCUGGAGCAGCAGAACAAGAUCCUGCUGGCAGAGCUGGAGCAGCUGCGGGGCAAAGGCACGUCCCGGGUCGGAGACCUGUACGAGGACGAGAUGAGGGAGCUGAGGCGCCAGGUGGACCAGCUCACCAACGAGAAGGCCCGGGUGGAGGUCUACAGGGACAACCUGGCGGAGGACAUGGACCGGCUGAGAGAGAAGUUGCAGGAUGAGAUCUCCCAGCGAGAGGACGCUGAGGGCACCAUGCAGAACUUCAGACAGGAUGUGGACAAUGCUGCCCUCGCCAGACUGGACCUGGAACGGAAGGUUGAGUCACUCCAGGACGAAAUCAACUUCCUCAAGAAGCUGCACGAUGAGGAAAUGCUGGAGCUGCAGAGCCAGAUCCAGCAGCAGCAGCAUGUGCAUGUGGACAUGGAGAUGGCUAAACCUGACCUGACAGCUGCUCUGAGAGACGUCCGUCUGCAGUAUGAGAACCUGGCCUCCAAAAACAUCCACGAGUCAGAGGAAUGGUACAAAUCCAAGUUUGCUGACCUCACUGAAGCUGCAGCCAGGCAUAAUGACGCUUUGAGAGUUGCCAAGCAAGAGGCCAAUGACUACAGACGCCAGGUUCAGGCACUUACUUGUGAGGUGGAUGCCCUUAAAGGAACUAAUGAGUCCAUGGAGCGCCAGAUGAGCGAGAUGGAGGAAAACUUCUCCCAGGAGACGGGCGGUUACCAGGACAACAUUGGCCGCCUGGAGGAGGACAUUCACAACAUGAAGGACGAGAUGGCUCGUCACCUGCGGGAGUACCAGGACCUCCUGAAUGUCAAGAUGGCCCUGGACAUUGAGAUCGCCACCUACAGGAAGCUGCUGGAAGGAGAGGAGAGCAGAAUCACCACCCCACUGCCAAACUUCUCAUCUCUGAACCUGAGAGAAACAAUGAUUGAUUCAAAGCCCCAUUUUGAAUCUACAACAACUAAGAAGGUUCUAAUCAAGACCAUUGAGACCAGGGACGGUCAGGUGAUCAACGAGUCAACCCAGAACCACGAUGACAUGGAUUAAUAAUAUCUUUGUCUUUGCCAAACAAUCAACAAAAGCAAUAUGAAGAAACACAUUUCACCAGGGCUCCAAGCAAGCAAACAAAACAAACUACACAAAAAGCAAACAGCUUCAAGAAGUGCCUUUAUAUGUGAUGAUCCAGUAAGCCUGUUAGUUGACACAGACUGUAUUUUGCUUCCUCCUCUGCUGAAAGUAUUAUCUUUUGUUACAUUCGUUUAGACACAGUAAUGAUACACCACAACAUAGAAAUCCUCGUUGAGGUCUGCAGAAACCUUUAUUUGUAACCAAAGUAGUAUUUUUGAUCAAUACAGCACGCACACUCCAGGAAAUCUGUAUGCUAAAGAUGUCACAAUUGCCUGUACGCAGCAAUAAAGCAGUGAGACUGUAACUAGAUACUGUGCAUUAGUUGUGAUACUUUGCUGGUAUUUGCUAGUUUUGCAGGUCAUACUUUUAUGGUAAUUAGGUAGAAGUAGUAAAACAAUGCCUCAUGAAUAAAUUGUAGAAAUGUUUUGUUUUUUUCGGACUACAAUAUCCACAUCUCUUUUUAGAAUCGCAAUAAGGUAAGAAUAUUACAUGCAUCGGCUGUAUCAAGACGCAAAACUGAUUUAGAGACUACAUUUUCAAGCUUAAUAAGAUGCGAUUAAUUUUAUUUAAAGUGUAUAAGACACUAAAGAAUAGAAGAAACAUUGAUAGAAUACACCGAAUAAACCUACUGUCUUAUUUAGGAGCUUCAGCGGUCUUCUCCUGGUUCUCCUGCUUACGUUAACCCCAAAUACAUUUGCAUACACAAGCGAGACAAAGUAUUAGAAACAACACAAAAUAAUAAAAUCCAACACCACCACUAACAGAGGCCCUAAAACUGAAAUGAACAGAGUUAAAUCAUGUCUCUCAACACGACAAGCUACAUAAAGAAGCAUAUGGUUUUUUUGCAGGGCUUUG